ACUGCACAACAAAAGUGCUGUAAAUAACAGAAUUGGAAUUAAUUGGCUCUAAGAAUCUUGUUUUAUUUAAAUUUUAAAAUGCAAUUAAAUCAAUUUUGCAACUGAAAUAGUGCUUAAAAUAUAAACAUAUAUUCUGAGAAAUGUUGACAGCUAAAAAAAUUAUUAUACACAAAUGCAGGUUGCACUUAUUAAUUCUUAAAAAUAAAACCAACAAGUGUCUAUAGCAAUGACCAAUUGAUAGUAUCUGUUAUUUUAAUUAUCAAUUAACUUGAAGCUAUAAUUAAUAUUGUAAAAUUAAAAUAAUUAUCAAACUUAAGUUGUAACUUCCCAAAUUUAAAUGGCAAAAAAGCGAACUUUGCAACACUGCCAAAACAUACAACUCGUCGCAACGUGUAACAUCUGGGCGAUCCUAAAACAGCUGUUUCACCAUUUGUUGACAACAGUAACGAGGAGCCACAGUUGCAAUUCCACAUUUAAAAUGCCGCAAAUUAAAAAAUCUGACGAAGAAUUUGAUGUGGUCAAGUACUUUCUGCAGCUGCUUGAGGAUGACAAAGACAUGUCCUCUGGCAUUGCGGCCAUCAAAACCCUGCUUAUGAUAUUGGAAAAAAAAAACAAUGUAAUUGGCACCAUACACAUUCUGCACACCACAAUGCGUGAAGCUGUCGCUGCUAUGCGAAAAACGGAUCUGUCCAUUGCAGCCAUCGUUUCUGCUGGAGAACUCUUUUGUCGCUUCAUCACGCUCAGCCUGGAUGAUAAACACAUGGAAGAGUGUCGCCAGAUCAUGUUGAAUCGUGGCAAAAUCUUCCUCACCAAGUUGCUUAAUUCACGUCAAGUAAUUUCACAACAGGCACAGCGUUUCAUCAGCGAUGGGUGUCGCAUUCUAACGCAUUCACGCUCACGUGUGGUGCUCAAUGCACUGAUUGCUGCCUCCAAGAAUAAGAAAUCAUUUCACGUCUUUGUGACGCAAGGUGGCGUCGGCAAUUCUGGUGAGGAGAUGGUGCAGGAUCUGCAGGCGGCGGGCAUUGAUUCUACACUUAUACUGGACUCUGCCACUGGUUAUGUGAUGGAAUCAGUUGACUUUGUAAUGGUUGGCGCCGAAGCUGUGGUAGAGAGUGGCGGCAUCAUCAAUCGCAUUGGGACUUAUACGAUGGGGUUGUGCGCGAGGGAGAUGAAAAAGCCGUUCUAUGUGCUCGCCGAAAGCUUCAAAUUCUCGCGCUUGUAUCCACUUAAUCAACGAGAUCUGCCCAACGAGUAUAAGUACUCGCGCAAGCAUUUAAAUGACGUGUCAAAGGUGCAUCCGCUGGUCGAUUAUACGCCGCCCGCUUAUAUCACGCUACUGUUCAGCGAUCUGGGAAUACUGACGCCAUCCGCAGUGAGCGAUGAAUUGAUCAAAUUGUACAUGUAAACCCGUAGACAAUAAAAUUGAAUUGAAUUGAAAUACGAAACAU